AUGGGCUGCUGCUUGUCUAAAAAGUCGAAUAAAGUCACCGAGAGCACACCUCUGAAUGACCAGAAGACUACCCCCAACACAGAAACUGUUCCAGCGCAGACCACCACAACAUAUCAAGGUAUUGACAACACCAAACAAGAUGCUCCAAAAGAACAAAAGCAAGCUGAAGGCACACACACUCCACAACCAAAAGGUGACGCACCAGUCAUUGAAGAUAGACCCAAUGGCAAGAAAGAAGUAGUCUCUGGUGAUAAAAGUAUAUUACUUGAUGAGAUUUAUGCAAAACACUACGGCAAAGUUGAUAAAAAGCAUGACGCAGUUGAAGAAGCCAAAAAGGCGUGGUUAGCCUCCAAAGAGUCCAAAUCCCCGGACACCCAAGAAAAGCACGACGCCUUCCAAAACCUCAAAAAGGAAUUUGAAGAUUCGAAACUUGAAGCCCACCGUGGUGCUUUCAAUGAAGUUCAAAUUUAUAUGAAUGAAGAAGACACCAUUGAUCUUCAUGGACUUCAAAUAGAAGGUGCUAUUUUGAUGAUGAAAGAACAAAUAGAACAACGCAAGUCACAAGGCAAAAAGGUCUUAAAACUUCAAUGUGGGAUGGGUCAUCAUAACACUGUAGGUUUUUCUAAAAUCAAAGAAGAAGUCGUCAAACAACUCCAAGAAAUGAAGAUAACUUACACUGAAGAAGCUGAUCACGGCUUAGUCAUUGCCAACUUGUAA